AUGCCUCGAGAACCGAUGUGCAAAGACUACAAGAACUGCUCUCUUCCUAUAGAGAAACAGACCGCCGCUCACAAGCUACGCUAUCAUGCUACCCCAAAGGUCUCAUUUGUGAACCCUUCGACCCACAUCACGGUUGAUGUGGAGAGAGACCCCACGUAUGAUAUGUGUUAUGCGUGCACCAGUGGUAAAUGUCCCCACAAGUCAAUCCUCUCCUCGGACCCACGAGCGCAUUUUCGUGAGUGCAAAUUCGUCCUGCAGGACCACCAGCGAAAAUAUCCUUGGCUAUUCAAAAGUUCUUCCGAUCCUUCAGGUUCCUCACGCCGCUCCACGCGCAUAAAACUAAUUGGCAACACCACUGCAUACACAGCAACAGCAGCAGCAGCAGCCAAUGAAGCAAACGCUAGGUAUCACCCAUACGUCCAUCCUAGCCAUCCACCGGUCACUACCACCGCCAUCCUUCCACAGGACAACACGCAAGUUGCGGUCCCCUUGGCUUUCAACGAAACGAUAUCAGAGAACUUGACCGCCACUACCAAGCAACUGCAGAGGAUGAACGAGAAUUUAAUCCACUUCGCAAACGAUCUGAAUGGACGAGUCAAGAGCACGGGGGCAACAGCAAUCGCAAUAGCCAACAUGGAAAAGCAUUUGGACGAGAGAGUCAGAGAGUCAUAUCAUUACCAGAGCGAGUCAAGAGCACCCCCUUCCCCGUCCAUCGACUCUCAGAAUCUGCCGGCUGACAGCGACGAGGAACAUGAGAUUAAGGCCACCAACAUUGAGAGCAUCAUGGAUAAGGUGGCGGACCAAGACCAGCAAGACCAUUAG